AUGGAGAUAGGGAACAAAAACAACGUGACAGAGUUCAUCCUCCACGGACUGACACAAGAUAAGACAGUGGCCAAAGUGUGCUUCUCGUUGUUCCUAGCCUUCUAUGUCGCUAUCAUCCUUGGAAACCUGCUUAUCAUCCUGACUAUAAAGACAAGUGAGCAGCUGAACUCUCCCAUGUACUUCUUCCUCAGCUCCUUGUCUUUUGUAGAUAUCAGUUACUCUACAGUCACAGCCCCUAAACUCAUCUAUGACCUUCUUCUUGAGAGGAAGACCAUCUCCUUUGUGGGCUGCAUAGCUCAGCUGUUUGCAGGCCACUUCUUCGGGUGCACCGAGAUCUUCCUUCUGACGGCGAUGGCCUACGAUCGCUGCAUGGCCAUCUGCAGGCCUCUUCACUACACAGCCAUCGUCAACAGGCACGUGUGUGCCUGGCUGCUGGCAGCUUCUUGGGUGGGAGCCUUUGUACACUCCCUGGUGCAGACACUGCUGGCCAUGCAGCUACCCUUUUGUGGGCCCAAUGAGAUCGACCACUACUUCUGUGACGUUCACCCGUUACUGAAGCUGGCCUGCACUGACACCUACAUCAUUGGGGUCAUUGUGGUUGCCAACAGUGGUGUGAUUUCCUUGAGCUGCUUUCUUGUUCUCCUUGUGUCCUAUGCCGUUAUCUUGGUCACUGUGAGGACACGCUUUUCUGAGGGGCGUCUCAAAGCGCUCUGCACGUGCUCUUCCCACCUCACCGUCGUCGUUCUGUUCUUGGGGCCGUGCAUCUUCAUCUACCUGCGUCCUUCCACCACCUUCUCAGCAGACAAGAUGGUCUCUGUGUUCUACACCAUCGUCACACCCAUGCUCAACCCCUUGAUCUACACCCUCCGGAACGAAGAGGUGAAGAAGGCCAUGAAAACGUUGUGGAGCAGAAAAGAGUGA